CUCAUUGACGUCACCACUGCCCGACUGCUUUUCCCGGAGACCGGAGUAGAAGGCCAGCGAGAGAGAGCCUGCACAUGAGCAGGGGAGAGGGGCAGAGGGAGAGAGAGAGAAUUUUAAGCAGGUUCCACGCUCAGUGCAGAGUCCAACGUGGGGCUCAAUCUCAUGACCCUGGGAUCAUGACCUGAGCUGAAAUCGAGUUGGACCCUCAACUGACUGCCACCCAGUUGGUCAUAAUGGCAGGUGAAGAAAUUAAUGAAGACUACCCAGUAGAAAUUCAUGAGUAUUUAUCAACAUUUGAAAAUUCCAUUGGUGCUGUGGAUGAGAUGCUGAAGACCAUGAUGUCUGUUUCUAGAAAUGAGUUGUUGCAGAAGUUGGACCCCCUUGAACAAGCAAAAGUGGAUUUAGUUUCUGCUUACACGUUAAAUUCAAUGUUUUGGGUUUAUUUGGCAACUCAGGGAGUUAAUCCUAAGGAACAUCCAGUAAAGCAGGAAUUGGAAAGAAUCAGAGUAUACAUGAACAGAGUCAAGGAAAUAACAGACAAGAAAAAGGCCGGCAAGCUGGACAGAGGUGCAGCUUCAAGAUUUGUGAAAAAUGCCCUUUGGGAACCAAAACCUAAAAAUGCAUCCAAAGUUGCCAAUAAAGGAAAAAGUAAAAAUUAGCCUUUUAGUUUUGAUGUACACCUAUUGAAAAAGUACAUCAUUUUUAUUGUUUUCCACAAAGUAGAUGAUUAUGUGGCAAUACAAGGUUUAAAUGUAUUCCUUAUUGAAUUCAUAUAUAAAAUUUACAUUUUAAAUUUGUAAUGCUAAAUAUUUUUUCCCCAGAAAGAUUGUUAUCUUUAUUGAUUUUCCUAUAGACCACUAUGAGAUUUUUAACACUGUGGUAUAUUUUAUAUUUAUAGUUUAUCAUCUUUCUUGACAAGACUCUUAUUUCCCGAUACAGGUCAAUCUUUUCAAGUACCAUUUUAUAAGCAAUUAUGAAAUUUAAGUUAAAUGUUUUUUGUAAACAUUUGUCUAUUUUAAAUGAAUAAUGACUUUAUGAAGUAUGCUAUCUGAAGGCUGAAGUUAUAAAUACAUCUGUUUUCACUAUAUAAUAUUAAGAGAAUGAAAUGACUUAAAUGUCCAUUUUUUUCUAUGUUGUUACUUCAUGUUUUCAUGAUUUUGGGAAUUACUAUUUUCUUUUGAUAUUUGAAGUGUGAAAUUAAGACUUUAAGGUUAUAUUUUUAUUCUUGGCAAUUUGCCUCUAUGUCCCAUUUAAGGUAAAAUAUAUUCUCAUUAACUUCAGAUGGGAAAUGAGGUUGUAUAUUGAUGGCUGAAUUUUGGCAUAAUAGCUAUAUCCUAUCAAUAAAGGCUGUAAAGUUUGUAUAGCUGACUGUUUAUUUUUCUCUUUUGUAUAAAUUUGCCCUUGAAAUUAGGAAGAUAGGUUUUAGAAAUCAUUAGGAAUAAAUUCAUGAGUUUUUGUUCCUUCUGCAUUAUGGCCAUAGUUCUCUUGGUCUCACUUUUUCAGAUUUUUGGAGUACAUGUUUUUGAGGUGAUAUCAAGUACAUACAAGUAUUUUGAAACAACUUCCUAUGUUAUAUAAUGCCACUUAAGGGGAAGAGAAAUCCAGAAGAGAUUAUAUUGUGUUUAUAUCCUGAUUUAUUUUUCUGGAAUAUUUGUCACAGAGAAUUAUAUGUAUUAAAAUUUUUUUUAAUGUCUAAGUCCUUGAACUUUAAUUAUAUGCUCUUAAUGCUUUCAGUCUUUAAGUCCACAUCAUUAUGUAUAGGAAUGCCAAGUACAGUAAAGUACUUUAAUUUUUGAAAAAGAAGUUGUUAAAAUUUUCUGUGUGAUUAAUUCUCCAUAAGUAACCUUGAAUAAAUGGAUUUCUUGAUUUAUGGUAUAAGAUAUUGGAAACGGUCUUAAAAUGUAAUGGAUUUUGUAAAGCAUGUUGAACUCUUUCUAUGACACAUGAAGAGGAAGUCACUGAUAGAUGCAGAGUCUUUUGGCUCAGUUGUCAGACAGUUUUUGAAGUGGAAGAACAUUUAUAGUUAUUUCAUUCCUUCUUUCACCUUCAUCCUCUCAAAUGUUGAGCUUUUUUGAAAAGUAACUUCUUCAUGACAGAAAUAAAUGUUCUUAUGACCAAGUGUAAUAUACAUGUGUUGUUUAUUACAAAGGAACUUAUAACUUGAAUUUUUGUAUAUUUUCUAAUUUCAUAAAGAAAAAAGUUAAAUGAAAAAUGUCAUACAGUUACAGAAAAUCAUUAACCAAGUUAUUGGUUUGUGAAAAUCCAACUUUUAAAUUCUGUUAAGUUGGAGUUUCUUAGUGAAUAAUUCAGUGUUUUAUUUAGUAGAAAUAAACAGUUUGAGCGUAUUCCAUUUUAGUAUGUAGAAUUUGAAAUACUUAUUACCUGGCACAUAAUAAGGAGCUGAAUGGUAGUAGUGCAGUGGGUUUUAUUUUCAUUUGUUGUUUAUUCAUUUCACAAAUAUUUAAUGACAUUUAUUUACAUUGCCAAAUACGAUGCUAGGUUCCACGGAAGACAACUCAAGCCUUUAUUCUACUUUUAUAAAGUGUUAUGAAAGAAGUCUUUUUGUUCACUUUUUCAGAGUUACUAGAAAAUUUAUGACAAAUUGUGCUCAUUAACCUUAGUCAGAACCAUAAAGGGUGAUGGGUUGAUCUAUUUGACUGUGGUACAGUUAUUGUUAACAUAGUUUUUUCCAAAUGACAGUCUGCUCUAAGUUUAGAUGUUAAUCACAUCUUUUAUUACUCUCUUUGGGAAUUAACAAGUUGGAGAGGUUAUAGCUAUAGAUAUUUUUAAGAUUAGAAUUAUAGACUAUUAAUCUAAUACUAAAUAAUGAGAUUUCGUUUUUUAAUAUUAUUUUAAGUACAAUUUUCUUGUUUCAUAGUUGCAGGAUGGGAAUUCAUUUUAGUAAAGUAGAAUAUGUUAAGAGGAAAAUUGAAGGAUGAAUUAUGGUUUACAUUCCUGGAAUUAGGAGGUUAUGUCAAGUUGAUUGGUUUUUAAGAUACCCUGCAGAUUAAAAAAUUGUUCUACUUA